AUGAAAUCUUCGGUUCUCUUCGCCUUCUUCGGGCUCUCCGCCCUGACAGCUGCCUUGCCAACUGGGACUACUGGUUCGGCGGAAAUCGACGUCGCUGACGCUUUCAAGCGUGAUGAAGGGGAUAUCGAUGUUGCCGAUGCCUUCAAGCGUGAAGAGAUUAGCAUCGACGUCGCUGACGCUUUCAAGCGUGACGAGGGGGAUAUUGAUGUUGCCGAUGCGUUUUGA